AUGUCCUACGGCAGUCCUGGCUACAAUCCGUAUGGCCAAGAGGGCGAAGCAUUUCCCCCACAAAAUGCGCAAGUCUCGCCCCAAGCUCAGCAAUGGUUCGCUAUGGUGGAUCAGGACGGAUCCGGCGAAAUCAACGCCUCGGAGCUGCAGGCUGCCCUGAUAAAUGGGCGUGGGGAGCAUUUUUCGGAAAACGCCUGCAAAUUGAUGAUUAGCAUGUUCGACAAGGACGCCAGUGGCACCAUCGAUAUUUUUGAAUUUGAGAAGUUGUUCAACUACAUUAACGAAUGGGUACAGUUGUUCAAGACCUACGAUCAAGACUCGUCCGGUCACAUUGAGGAGGCUCAGGCAUUCACUCAAAUGGGUUUCCGCCUAACGCCCAACUUCAUUCAGUUCCUAGUUAAGAAAAGUGAUCCUCAGAAUCACAAGGAAAUUUCGGUGGAUCAGUUCAUAGUGCUCUGCAUUCAAAUGCAACGAUUUACAGAGGCUUUCAGACAGCGUGACACGCAACAGAACGGGACCAUAACCAUUGGCUUCGAAGAUUUUCUGACCGUGGCUAUCGGCUGUUUUUACUAGUUUUUGUGGCAUUCCUUAAUACCUUUGAUAACAUACACUUUAGUAUUAUUUAUGAAAUAUUUUACCGAAUGUUGCAUUUCAAUAAAAAUUAUGUUUCAUUGA